CAGUCAGAGAUGUCACUCUGGCUGCCACUAUCACAGCUGUUUGACUCCACUGUAUUUCCUGUGAACUAAUCUUAAACCUGUAUUUCCCUGUUUGUUUGUGUUUUUGUUUUUUUGUGUGGGUGUGUCUCCACAGAUCCAAGUGAGCAGAGAGAGCAGGGCGUACAGAGAGAGGAGCCGGGCGACACUGUCCCAAAGAAGAAGGACAGCAGGACCACCGUCCCCAACAAGAAACCAACAUUCUCUGAGGUUAUAAACCGUUGGGCGCAGCGACCACAACCAGGGGAGAUCAUCGUGAGCCUGUCUGUGGAUCAAGUUGUUAAGCCGAAGACAUCAGAGAAUGCCCUGACACCAGGCAGGAAUAGGGAAAUCCAAGCGGAACCAAAGUCAAAAGGAACACAGGACCUGUUCAAGAAGGUCCGCAGUAUCCUGGACAAGCGGACGCCUUAUAAGUUCAACCAGCUGAUGAAGCUGGUGACGGACGUGACCAUCGACACGGAGGAGCGGCUCAAAGGAGUCGUGGACCUCGUGUUUGAGAAAGCCAUCGACGAGCCCGUCUUAUCGGUGGCCUACGGGAACAUGUGUAGCUGCCUCGCCGAGCUCAAAGUGCCCAUCCCUGAUGAACCCAAUAGCACAGUGAGCUUUAUCAAGCUGCUGCUAAGUCGUUGUCAGCAGGAGUUUCAGAAAGACAACGAGGAUGAUGAUGUGGUAAUAAGGACGAAGCAGAAGAAGCUGGACUCUGCUGCACGAAAGGAUCGUCACCGACUCCUGUUAGAGCUACAGGAGUUCAAGGAUAUUAUCCGGCGGCGUUCAAUUGGCUUCGUCAAGUUCAUCGGCGAACUGUUCAAUCUCAAGAAGAUAAAGGCACCCGUCAUGCAUGACUGCGUGGUCAAGCUGCUGCAGAACCAAGACAACGUGUCUUUAGAGUGUCUGUGCAGCCUGCUCACCACCAUCGGAAAGGACUUUGAGUCAGAGGAGGCAAAGCCUCGGAUGGAUCGGUAUUUUUUCCAGAUUAAAAAAAUCGCCAGAGAGAGGAAGACGUGCAAUCGUAUACGGCUCAUGCUACAGGAUAUUGUAGACCUGAGAUUGCACAACUGGGUGUCCAAAGGAGGAGCCAAGAAAAGUACAGCAGCAACUCCUCUCCAAAGACACCAAGAGACAGCCAGAUCCAAGUGAGCAGAGAGAGCAGGGCGUAGAGAGAGAGUAGCCGGGCAACACCGUGCCCGUGAAAAAGAACAGCAGGACCGCUGAAAAGAAAUAAGCUGCUAUUUACUUUUGAAGAUUUGAAAUGUUUAUUUGAAUUAAAGCUGGAACCUAAUGCAGAGUCAUGACUUGUUAAGAUUCUGCUGUAUAAUCAGAAACAUAUAAUAUUUUAUGAUUUAUACAGAUAUUGGUAAACAAGUUUCUUAGAUUUUCUACUUAUUACUGAUAAAACACUCAUAACAGGGGCAUUUGUGUCGAUUCAUUCAUGCUUCUUCCUCACCCCGGCAAUUUCACGCCCUCAUCUCAGAGUAAAUAAAUUCAACAAUAUACAUAAUGAUUUGUGUAAUGAGUUUAAUAUUGUAAAAAUGUAUCUAAACAAUAGAAAUUGAAUAUAGUAUAUUUUGUGAAAUCAGCAGUGACCUCUGAGUAGAAAUUGAUCACAGACAACGUGAAAAGUUGUGUGGCUAAUUUUUUUGUGCCCGAUGGUCUCUGCUGAAUCUGGAGGCUGUUUUGAAAACUCCAUCUCUGACUUCCUCGUCUGUAGUUCCUGUUCUCUAGCCGGAAAAAUAUACAUAGGGUCAGGAUUGGAUCCCAUAACUGUUUAUGAUUAAUCCUUGGAAUUGUAACAACCGGGCUGUUUGUAAAAACUUUCCUUGCUCCCAUCUGAUCUGCAUCACUGUAGUUUACAUGUCCGGCAGUGCAAAGGUGGCACAAAGGAUCCAUGAGGUACUGCAGAAUAGAAGGAAAACAGACUUUGUGGGAUCUCUGCCUGCUGGAUGCACUCUGACAUGUUUCAGUGUAGAACAGGGAGCACACUUGUUCACUAAGCC